AUGGGUGCUGAGAUCGUCUGCCCCGGUGACGUGCCGAGCCAGUAUGAAUUUCUCCCUUCAGUCGCUGGUUCGGUGAUAUUCAUCAUCUUGUUUGGUGGGUUGACAGCCGGCCAUGCCUGGCGGAUGACCAUGUCAAGGCAAUGGUUCAUGUCGGCUUUCAUCCUAGGAACAAGCAUGGAAAUUGCUGGCUAUGGCGUACGGAUAAUGGGCCACAAUAAUCCAUGCAACGAAAACACCGAGAUUACACAAAAGAUCCUCCUUCUCGUGGCGCCCUCGGUCUUCGCUGCAACCAUCUACAUGGUCCUCGGGCGGACCAUUCUGGCCGUCCAGGGAGCUCACCUGUCUCCAAUCAAGCCUUCAAUUUUGACCAAGGUCUUUGUCACUGGCGAUAUCGUUUGCUUUUUCGUCCAGCUAACUGGUGGAGCCAUCAUGUCUGGCGGUGGCUCAAGGACCAACCUGGGGAGGUACAUCAUCCUUACCGGCCUCGGCCUACAGAUCACUCUCUUUGGCUUAUUCGUCUACGUGGCUUACCUCUUCCACACCCGUAUUCUCAAACAACGCACUGAGGCAUCUCACCGUCCCGCUAUCAAGUGGGAGACGAUGCUUACCAUUCUCUAUGUUGUCAGUGGUAUCAUUAUGAUCCGAAAUUUCUUCCGUGUCGCCGAGACCUCCGGAGGCCGUGAUGGAUAUCUCCUUCAGCACGAGUGGCCUCUCUAUGUCUUCGACUCCAUCCCGAUGGUUGCGGUGGUCGCUAUUCUGUUGUACUGGUUCCCUACCCUCAUCCGGCCGACUAAGUAUUCCAGGGACAGCAUUGAGGUUCAACCAGUCCUUGGCCGCAGGCAACACAGCGGAUAUAAGAGAUCUCCCUCUCCGGAGGACAACAGCAACCCCGUCUAG